CAUACCGUCACCCUCGACCACCACACCCACAUACAAACCAAACAUCACAAUGGCGACUGAGACACGGCAGCAGCAAGACUUUCCUCGCCCGGCUGUGCGAACAGGCUGAGCGUUACGAUGAAAUGGUUACGUACAUGAAGGUUCUACAGAUUGGCGGUGAGUUGACCGUCGACGAGCGCAACCUCCUGUCCGUCGCCUACAAGAACGUUGUCGGAACACGACGCGCGUCCUGGCGCAUCAUCUCCUCGAUCGAGCAGAAGGAGGAGUCCAAGGGCACCGAGAAGCACGUUGGCACCAUCCGCGACUACCGACAGAAGAUCGAGACCGAGCUCGAGAAGGUCUGCCAGGAUGUCCUCAACGUCCUCGACGACUCUCUUAUCCCCAAGGCCGAGUCUGGCGAGUCCAAGGUCUUCUACCACAAGAUGAAGGGCGACUACCACCGUUACCUUGCCGAGUUUGCGUCUGGAGAGAAGCGCAAGGUCGCUGCCACCGCUGCGCACGAGGCUUACAAGACGGCUACCGAUGUCGCUCAGACUGAGCUGACCCCUACUCACCCCAUCCGCCUCGGUCUUGCGUUGAACUUCUCAGUCUUCUACUACGAGAUUUUGAACUCGCCCGACCGCGCCUGCCACCUUGCCAAGCAGGCAUUUGACGAUGCCAUCGCCGAGCUCGACUCCCUGUCCGAGGAGUCUUACCGGGACAGCACCCUCAUCAUGCAGCUUCUCCGCGACAACCUGACCCUCUGGACAUCAUCGGAUGGCGCCGAGGCUGAGCCUUCCACCACUGAUGCGCCCAAGGAGGAGAAGGCCGCUGAGGAGGCCCCAGCUGCUGCCGCUUCCACCGAGGAGGCAAAGCCUGAGGAGCCAGCAGCACCCGCCGCUGCCCCCGCUGCUGCUUAA